AUGUCGGGCGGCUCCUCUGUUCACGGCCUCACCGGCCGCGCCCUGAUUUACUUUACGAGUAUUUUCGUAUCGUUGGGUGUUUUCCUCUUCGGAUAUGACCAAGGUGUUAUGUCGGGCAUCAUCACAGGCCCUUACUUCAGGAACUACUUCCACCAGCCCUCCAAGGCCGAGGUCGGUACGAUGGUUGCCAUCCUCGAAAUCGGUGCCUUUAUCUCCUCCCUGAUUGUUGGCAAGGUGGGGGAUAUUAUCGGCCGACGUAAGACCAUCCUGUACGGCUCAAUGAUCUUCUUCGUCGGCGGUGCCCUUCAGACGUUCGCCAAUGGCAUGCCCAUGAUGAUGCUGGGCAGAAUUAUCGCUGGUCUAGGCGUUGGUGCCUUGUCCACCAUCGUCCCCGUCUACCAGUCCGAGAUCUCCCCCCCGCACAACCGUGGAAAGCUCGCCUGCAUCGAGUUUUCGGGCAACAUCAUCGGCUACGCCACCUCGGUCUGGGUGGACUACUUCUGCGGCUUCAUCGAAAGUGACAUGUCAUGGCGCAUCCCUCUCUUGAUGCAGUGUGUGAUGGGGGCUCUUCUCGGCUUCGGCAGUCUGGUGAUUGUCGAGUCUCCAAGAUGGUUGUUGGAUAACGACCACGACGAGGAGGGCAUCGUCGUCAUUGCCAAUCUCUACGGAAAGGGUGACAUCCAUAACCCUAAGGCCAGGGACGAGUACCGCGAGAUCAAGAUGAAUGUGCUUCUCCAGCGACAGGAAGGCGAGCGAUCCUACGCCGAGAUGUUCCGCAAGUACAAGACGCGCGUUUUCAUUGCUAUGUCGGCCCAGGGCCUUGCCCAGCUCAAUGGCAUCAACGUCAUCAGUUACUACGCCCCGUACGUUUUCGAAUCCGCCGGCUGGGUUGGCCACGAUGCUGUGCUCAUGACCGGCAUCAACGGAAUCACGUACCUGCUGUCGACCAUCCCUCCGUGGUACCUGGUCGACAGGUGGGGUCGCCGGCCAAUCCUGCUGAGUGGUGCCGUUAUCAUGACAAUUUCGCUAUCCUUGAUCUCGUACUGGAUCUACCUCGACAUUAAGUAUACGCCGACCCUAGUCGUUGUCUUUGUCAUGAUAUACAACGCCGCUUUCGGAUACUCAUGGGGACCUAUCCCCUGGCUCUAUCCCCCGGAGAUCCUGCCCCUGAGCGUACGCUCCAAGGGUGCCAGUCUGUCCACGGCGACCAACUGGGCGUUCAACUGGCUUGUCGGAGAGAUGACGCCCAUUCUGCAGGAGUGGAUCAAAUGGCGUUUGUAUCUCGUGCACGCUUUCUUCUGCGCCGUCAGUUUUGUUGUUGUCUACUUUAUCUACCCCGAAACUUGUGGAGUUCGUCUCGAGGAGAUGGACUCGCUUUUUGGAGAUGCCAGCACCGUCAUUGGAACGCCGUCGAUCCACGCUGCCGAGAACGACUCGCUCAUGCGUGCGGGAUCUCCCAUUGGAUCUAUCGACUACCGGGGACGUCCUGGCAACUUCACUGCCAAUAGUGCUAUCCCCGGCUUGUCCCUGGAUCCGCCUGACAUCCCGGACGGUAAGGGCCAGGACGGCGAGGCGAGCAGCACCAUCAGUGGGUGGGUGUCGAGAGUCGUCGGUCGCACACGGGACCAAAGCAGUAGCGGCAGUGGCAGAUACGCUCCGGUCAACCAAGAUGAUUGA